CUUCAAGUCAAAAUUACCAGACGAGCGUCGCAUAAACUGAAACCCGAAAAGAAAAAGAGAAAAGCAAAGCCAAAGCAGAGAAGAAGAAGAAACAGCAAACGGGAGAGAGAGGACUAAAGAGGAGCCACCGCACCGCCUCCGAGCCAGCAGCUCCCAGCCGUUCUUCAUUCCUCCAGCUGGGACUGGGAGAGAUUGAAUGAUAAAAGCUCCCACAAAUCAAUCUCAUUUCCUAGCUAGCUCCCACAUCCAUCUGUGACUCUAUCCCCUACAAAGUUCAUCCGUAAUGCCGGAUCUCCCACUACUCAUCUUCCUCACCGCCAACGUCUUGUUUCUCAUCUCCACCGCCGCAGCAGAUGACUCCGCCGCCAUGCUCAAGCUUGCCGCCGCCCUCUCCCCAACUCCCACCGGCUGGUCCACCACCUCCUCCUCCUCCUACUGCAACUGGGAAGGUAUAAAGUGUGACUCCUCAAAUCGAGUCAUCUCCAUUAACCUCGCUAAACAAGGCAUAUCGGGCACCCUCCCGGAUGAGCUUUCCACCUUAACCCAGCUCCAAACUCUCUCCCUCCAACAAAACCUGCUCUCUGGCUCCAUCCCAAGCUUACCCAACCUCUCAUUCCUCCAGCAGCUCUACCUUAGUUCCAACAACUUCACUUCCAUUCCACCCACUUUCUUUCAUGGCCUCACCAGUCUCCAGAUCUUCUCCAUCAGCGACAACCUCGACCUCUCCCCAUGGCCAAUCCCUCUCGAUCUCAAUCAGUCCUCAUCUCUCACCACCUUCGAAGCCAGCAAUGCCCAAAUCUCCGGCCCAAUCCCUGACAUCUUCUCUUCCCUUCCCUCCCUGCAAAACCUCAGGCUUUCUUACAACAACCUCACUUCUUCCCUCCCAAAUUCCUUCUCCAGCUCCGGGAUUCAGAAUCUCUGGCUCAAUAAUCAGCUCAUGGGUCUCUCUGGCCCAAUCGAUGUGCUCUCCUCCAUGGCUUCUUUGAAACAGGUAUGGCUCCACAAGAACCAAUUUACAGGACCCAUCCCCGAUUUGUCCAAAUGCGAGAAUCUUUUCGACUUGCAGCUCCGUGAUAACCAGUUCACCGGCGUUAUCCCGCCGGGCAUCCUUUCCCUCCCUGCCCUGCUCAACAUUUCACUCUCCAACAACAAACUCCAGGGCCCUAAGCCCAAGUUCGCUGACGGGGUGAAAGUGGACGAUAACGACAUCAACAACUACUGCCUUCCGACCCCUGGCAUCGAUUGCGAUCCCCAGGUCAAUACUCUCCUCCAGGUUGCCGCAGGGUUCGGGUACCCGGUUUCCCUGUCGGAUUCUUGGACAGGGAACGACGCCUGUGGGGAUUGGGCCUUCGUCAUUUGCGACUCCCAGAAAAAAGUUAGCACUGUCAAUUUAGGGAAGCAGCGACUCGGUGGAAUCAUUUCCCCUGCUUUCUCCAACCUCACUGCUUUGAAGAACUUGUACCUCAACGACGACAAUCUCUCCGGGUCAAUCCCAGACUCCCUCUCCAAGUUGACUCAGCUCCGAAUUCUUGACGUCUCUAACAACAACCUCUCAGGUAUAGUCCCCCCCGCUCUCACUUCCUCCUCCGCGCUUAAGUUCAUAACCCAGCCUGGAAAUGCGCUGCUUGGGACGGAUGUUCCGGGCCCUGAUGGAUCGAGUUCCCCGUCUGGCGCCAACUCCACCAACACGGACAGAUCAAGCGGCGGAGGCGGCAAAAGCAAGGCCUCUCCCGGUAUGAUUGCCGGCGUGCUCAUUGCCGUGAUUGUAUUCGUUGCUCUUGUCCUCUUUGUGCUGUUCAAGUGCAUUGUCAUGAAGAAGAAGAAAAUACGGGUGAAAUCCGAGGGAUUGAAUAAAGACUCAGAGACUGGAGUUCUAGCUGCCAACAAGAGCAAUGGAGCAGCAAGCUGCUGCACAAACGGCUAUGGAACUCUGAGCGAGAUGCAGAGCCAGAGCAGCGGGACACACAGUGAUCGCCACCUGUUUGAAGGUGGUAACGUUGUGAUCUCGAUCGAGGUUCUCCGGCAAGUAACAGACAACUUCAGCGAGGCCAACAUUCUCGGUCAAGGAGGGUUCGGGGUAGUCUACAAAGGUGAGCUUCACGACGGGACUAAAAUUGCUGUGAAGAGGAUGGAAUCAUCAGCAAUGGGUACCAAGGGAUUGAAUGAGUUUCAGGCGGAGAUUGGUGUGUUGACCAAAGUCAGGCAUAGGCAUCUUGUUGCCCUAUUGGGAUACUGCAUCAAUGGCCACGAGAGGCUGCUUGUUUACGAGUACAUUCCUCAGGGAACUCUGGCGCAGCAUUUGUUUGAGUGGAGAGAACGUGGUUCGCCUCCUCUUAAUUGGAAGCAGAGGAUCACCAUUGCAUUGGAUGUUGCGAGAGGGGUGGAGUACUUGCACAGCUUGGCUCAGCAGAGCUUCAUUCACAGAGAUUUGAAGCCUUCAAACAUACUUCUGGGGGAUGAUAUGAGGGCCAAGGUUGCUGAUUUCGGUUUGGUUAAGAAUGCACCCGAUGGGAAGUAUUCCUUGGAGACUAGAUUGGCUGGCACUUUUGGUUAUCUUGCUCCUGAGUAUGCGGCGACCGGGCGAGUGACGAGAAAGGUGGAUGUGUACGCGUUCGGAGUGAUCUUGAUGGAGAUAGUAACGGGGAGGAAAGCAUUGGACGACGAUCUACCAGAUGAGCGGUCCCACUUGGUGACGUGGUUCAGGAGACUGAUGAUCAACAAGGAGAGCAUCCCCAAAGCCAUUGACGAGGCAUUGAACCCAGACGAUGAGGAGACAUUGGGCAGCAUACUCAAGGUGGCGGAGCUCGCAGGGCACUGCACAGCAAGGGAGCCCCAGCAGAGGCCUGACAUGGGCCAUGCCGUCAACAUAUUAGGCCCGCUGGUGGAGCAGUGGAAGCCAAGUAGUCAAGAGGAGGAGGAAGAGAACUGUGGCGGCAUCGAUAUGCACAUGAGCCUCCCUCAGUUCCUGCAGAGAUGGCAAGCAGAUGAAGGUACUUCGACCAUGUAUUCUCGUAGCGAUAUUGGGUCUUCGUUGGUUCACGACGGGCAAUCUCACUCCAGCAUUCCUGGGGGAUUUCCGGACACGUUUACGUCCACUGAUUGCCGAUGAGAUGGGAUGGCUCUCGGUCGGUUUUUGGUGUUGGUUAUCUGGUGUCUCUAUCAUCUUCAUUCAAUUCAUUUUCUUCCGUUAUUAAUUAUAUAUACAUAUUCACAGUUUGUUGUUUUUCUCCCACGUUAACUACAAAUUAAUACAUGUGUGUGUAUGUACAAACAUGAGGUCGUACUACUGCUCAGACUAUGCUGUUAUUGUUGGCCGGCUGAAUGCCCAAAUUUUGGAGAGAUGGUCAAAUGUAUAACAGGCAGCGUGUUCUCAUUUGGAUCCUUCUCAUUCAUGUCUGUGUUAAAAUGUAAAUCAGCGAUCGAGGCGCUGCGCUAUUAUACUUUAAUUCAUUACAAAAAUUAUGUCUGCA